GAAGAUGCGGGCAUUUCAACAUCAGGGUCAGUCACAUGCAGGAAAACAUAUCUGUCCUUUUUACCUAAAGAAUCGAUGCAUAUAUGGCGAUCGAUGCAUUAAUUCACAUUGUUUACCGGAAAACAAAUCGUCCCAGACUUCAAAAUCUAUUCCUUGUAAAUUUUAUCUACAAGGCUAUUGUCACAAUGGGAUCAAAUGUACAUUUUCACACAAUAUAAAUGCCAAUUCAUCUCAUACCUAUCGCAGAGAUUUGAAGGGAGCCAUUGACUCAAAAUAUCCAAACAGUCAGUCAAAUAAUCUCACUAAUAAUAAACCAAUAUCACCUGCUUUAACAGGUUUUUCAUUCCGUCAGACUGAAAAAAUGAUCAAAAUGCAGUCAUCUCGAUAUCGUGAAUGGGGAUAUGAAGCUUCGGAAAUUUAUAGCUCCUACGACCAACUGAGUGAAAAAGAGCUAUCUAUAUAUCGUUCAGCUGGAAAUUUUGUUCCUGGGACAAUUCCUUUAUCUUCACCGUCAGAAAAUUUAUGUACAUUUUCUUAAAAGUGAACUGUUUCAUUCUCGUAUCAUGUGUCUAAAAUAAUUCUAUACCAAUUCAUCUACUUCUUGAUUCUAAACUAUAGUCCAAGAUUUUCGUGUCUCAGUGUUUCCACAUAUUCUACACAUCCAUAAUGUAUCUUCGAAAUCCGAUCUGAAUAAGGAUAAGCUACAAUUUGAUAACAAAUGAUCAAAUAUGGCCUAUUCAAACAAGUGUAGACUAUCUGAUUGGAGUCUGCAUGAUUGUCGCAGCCAGUGGUUAGAGACUUUAAAUGAGAUGACUCAAAAUCGUUUGUAAUGGCUCAGGUUCAUACAUUUUUUGUUUUCCUCUAUAUUCAGAGCUUUUUGUGUUUUCAUUUCCCUAACUUAUAUUUUCUUGAAUCGUAUCUUCGAUACCUAAUCUUUUCUAUUACCAUUAAUACUUCAGCUAUCUCUACUGUUGUCCUGACAAUUUCAUUUCUCUGUCCUAAUGGAGUAUGGUAUCUUGAACUGAUGUGCAUACAUACCAGGUUCUACGUUGGGACUCACUGACUAAUUAAGGCAAAUCAAAAUGAACACAAAAUUUAGCAUAAAUUCGUGCUGGUCACUAUUGCUAACUUUGAGUCCUAACAAUAUGCAAGCUAUUGUAUUAAUGCCUGUAUCGACAGUGUCAGAGAAAAUACUUUCUAGCGUCCUUUCACAUGGUUCAUAAUUACUUACUGCUGUUACCCCUCGUGGAGGAGCAUAGGCCGCCCACCAGAAUCCUCCAUCCAACCUUGUCCUCGACAAUCCUUCCCAGUUGCUAUUCUUCCUUUUGAUGUCUGCUUCCAAUUUCCGACGUAGUGUGUUCUUCGGCCAUUUUCUUUUCCGUUCUCCUCCAGGAUUGCAAGUUAGGGCUUGUCUCGUGAUGCAGUUCGGUGAUUUCCGUAAUGUAUGUUCUAUCCCCUUCCAACGACUUUUCCUAAUUUCCUCUCCAGCUGGAAGCUUGUUUAUUCUCUCCCACAGUAGGCUGUUGCUGAUGGUAUCCGGCCAACUAUUUGUAAAUACUUAUACUUUUUUAUGAUGGUUGUAGAAGUUCUCCGCCUGUAGCUUUUCUGGAGUUACUGCCGGUUCCGAGACCGAGUAAAGGUGGAGGGCUGGGCAUUUAGUCGGAAACCCCACCUCCCAGAGAAAAGUCUUGCUAAAAACGCCAACCAAAUUACAUAAAUUAGACCAUUUAAACUGCCUUGGGAGUUGCAAGAAGAAUUGUGACGCUUCACGAUGAAAGACGAGAUCCUUUUGAAGUCACGAGGCCGAUGCCCCUUCUGACAACCAGAGCGACAAUUUUUAUAGGUACAUGGUUCCUAAUUAGUAUAGUCUAUUUGUAGUAUCGCUUCACAGCAUGGAAGAUGUGUGAGAACAGCAGUAAAAGUCUUACAGCAAGUUUAAAUGACUAAUAGACAAACAAGUGCAUCACUCUAAAGCCUCACAGAAAAUUGCAUCGGUCGAAGUUACUAUAUCUCGGAAUGACACAACAAAAGGAAAGAUAUUUCAUGAGAUUGUAGCAAAAUAACCUUUAAAAAUAUAUCAGUAAGUAACCUGUCAUUUGAGCACAGCAUAGGAUUUCACUCCGUAUUGCGUGAAAACUUCAUGCAUUUUUAGACAUAUUUCUUUAGUCUUUUGCAAUAAACCAAUUCCAAUAUAUGCUGAUUUGUAACACGAUAGUUUUGAGUCACUUUGAUAUUCUGUAUCUAAACUAAUUGGCCUUCAAACCAAUAUAAUUUACAUAUGAAAUAACUUUUUACCUGAUUGAUUUCAUGCUGUAUGUGAGAAAUAAUACGGUAUUCAUUCAUCGUAAUUUUGCAGUCACUUCAUGUUUCUGCGUUCAAUCUAUAAGUAUGUAUUAUAAUUCAUUUAUUUCCACAUACUUUAUGUUAUUUUCGUAAAAUAAAAUUUGAUAGUGA